UAAUUGUACUUUUUUGUGUUACCCAAGUUGAAUGACAGUGAGAAUUUAAGGAGUGCCGAAGCGUCUGUUCGGCUACAAUGAUGGAGAAACAUCAAUACAUGCGAUCUUUCAUAUCCGCCGCUGCAGAAUACACGAAACAUCCAAGCGAAGCGACCGUCUCAGUUUUACAAAGGAAUCUUGGGGCUAUCGGAUUUUCCGUUGAUCUGAGCAUGUUUGAUCCUGGAUCGAGCAUAGCUGCCGAAUUUUAUGUCAGCCUCCACGAACUGAUGACUAUACUUGGAUCAAGAACUCCCCUUAUCUGGAGUGCUUUAGAUGUUCUCCAAAAUGCAUGCAGAAAUUCAGCUGCUCGCCAAGCUCUUAUACACACUUACAAAUUUGCCCCGAUAUUGACAAGAUUACUAGAGACAAACCUGACGCUGGAAAAACGUAUAAAAGUAUUGAAGUUAUUGCAAGAAUUAACAUAUGGGGUGAAGCUGUCAUGGCAGGAAGCUCAUUUGCCAUAUCUGAUAUCAACUCUAACUCAGUGGGUGAUGCAAUCAAAGGACGAAGACGUGAUGGCUUUAUCUCUUGGAAUUCUCGUGAAUCUCUGUUACAAGAACCUUCCAGCGGUUUAUACACUGAUGCGAACAGUUGAUACGAAGAUAUUUUUGAGAACGUUAUUGAAAAUUCAAAGCCAAAACGUGAAUACUCGAGUACAAUGCUGCAAAAUGAUGAUAAUACUAGAAACCGACAACAAGAAUAUAUCGGAGAAGAAAAUACUUGAAUUCGUAGCAACGACAUUUACGUCAUUAAUUUCAGCAUUAAAACAGCGGGACGCUGUUGUGCUGCAACACAUAGUCGAAUUUUUCAACGAUGUCGUCAAGCAGAACGAAUAUUCGAAAUCUCUUAUCCUUAAUUAUGAAACAUACACGAACGAUGUGGAGAAAAUUCUGAGGACGAUCGAGAGCACCUCGGACCCAGAGUGUGUUUCUCUCGUUAUGGAAUUUUUGCUCUCCCUUUUUAGCCUCAAAUUGACCACACUCGUUAGCCUUUAUCCGGUUUGUGUUAAAGUCGCUAUGGGAUGGAUUCCUGUUGAACAGGUAUGCUCUAAAGCUCUCGCACUGAUCAGAACGGUUGUGAUUGACUCUCGACGGAUGGAAAACCCUAUUGACGUCCUCAGUGAUUUGGAUUUAUCAAUGUUGAUGCUCGUGGUGAAAUGCGAUGAUGAAGACGACAGGACGAAGGGAACGAAUGAAUCAAAGUGGAAAGAUCAACGAAGCGUGGAGAGCGAAUCGAGACUCACAGAACUCAUGCAAUUGCUUCAAGAAAUGGCGAGAAUUUCAACUCUCAAAAUCAAAGUCAUGCAAGCUUUCAAUGAACAAGCAAUGCGGAAGUUAUUUCGAGCUAUGCUCGAACAAAACGAUUCGUCCUGUUCAAACAGAUGGCCAGGAAAUUUAUUCAAUGAUCCAGCGACGGCUCUUUAUAUCCACGCUCUCGCUUUGACCGCCGAUCACGCCGCUUAUGAUUCCACCUGGCUCACUCUUUAUUCCGAACUUUUGCAAAAAAAACAAGUUCAAAUGAUUAUGGCACUCGCUCUUUACACCGCCGGAUCUGAGGUCAAACAAAAAGUUUUACAGCUCACCUCUUCUGUUGGAUUUCCCCAGGAAUGUGUUUCAUCAGUGGCUAAUUGUAUGAGUGAACUGGAACCUCUCAUUCUGGUACAAAAUUCGAAUGGAGCCGUAUCGACAAUGGGUGGAAUAUUUCCCACACAUGGUCCGAUCGCUGAAAUGACUCCACUGUUUUCGUUCAAUCAAGAGAGUCGAUUGGAUGCUUUUUUGGUGAAACUUGAGGAAGCUUUCAACGGAAAUCAGAUUGGAGAUAUUACCACGUCCGCGGUUAUGGAGUUGUAUGAUUACAAGUUAGCAGCGAUGAGACACGCGGAAAGAGCUACGCAAGCGAGUCUUGAAGCCGCGAAUAAUCACGCGACGAGUUUACAGCACAGGCUAGCUCAGAUCGUCGCCGAAUCCAGUAGACUUCAUCAAUUAUUAUUCAACAAUCAACAAUGUUUGGAGGGUGUGCGUGCCGAAAAAGUUAAUCUAACAGCGACGAUACAAGCCCAAGCCAGAAAAAUUGAGGAAAUACCAAAGUUGAAAAAAAUUGUGUCUGAAAAAAGCGCAGCAAUUGAACGAGGCAGCUUGGCGAAUGCUGCGUUGCAAAAAGAAUUGGAAGCCAGCUCGAACAAAGUUGAUGAGUUUGGAAAAAAAAUCACAAAAUUGGAAGCGGAGAUGGCUGAGGCUGCGUUAAAGUUCAAAGAAACUGAAAACAAGAGGAGCGAGUUGAAAAAAAUGUUUGUAAAACUGCAGGAAACAGUAAACAAAAAAGAGCAGAUAAUCGAGGAACGUGAACGCGAGAUUGCCCAAAAUCGCGAAACAAUUUCCGCGUUGAAGCAGGAGAUCGAUCAGUUGGGAAAACAGUGUAGAAGUUACGAGCAAACGAUCGCGGAGAAAGAGGAAAGCGUGCAAAGAAUGAUGUCCGAACUCAAAGAUUUGAGUCACAUGCGGGACAUGAUUUAUCAACUUACGGCUAAGAAAAAAAGCGACGAGUCAAACACGACUACGUAG